AUGGGAAAGUUUGUGGGUGUCACCAACACCGGCUUCGUCGGUACCGGCGAGCUGAGUGCUGUGACCUCAUACAUGCCCUGUCACAUCUUUGGUGACCAGAGGCUCAUCGGCACCGGCAUCCGCGUCGGGUUUUAUCUGCUGUAUGCCGCCGCCAUUAUUGCCGUGCUGUUCGGCGUCGACAAGCAGUUCCGUUUCUGGCACGGAGCAUGGGGCAUUCUCACCUUGUCGCUCUUCACCACCAUGCUCCUAAACGUGGUGGAUUACAACUUGAUCAUCAUCGACUACGCCGUCUUGAUCCAACUCGUCCUCUGGUACCCGGUUUAUUUCGUCUUCACGGUCUUAUUCCGCCAAGCCCUCGUCGUCGAUGGGAAAAACCAAUCCAAGGCCGACGGCGAGUACCAGGAACGUCUUCAACAAUGCCGCAAGGGCGCAGUCACGCAGCUUGACUUGACCCGAGCGCGCUCUUACUCCGAGGUCCUCAAGGCCUUCGCCCUUUACGCGGCAGCCGAAGAAGCAGAAGCGCGACCACGACGCGGCGCAAGUGGCCCUCGGCCGCGCAGUCCAACACUACGUCUCACACUGGCACGAGCAAAUCGAGGUUCCGCGACGGCCGCCCAAAGCGAAGACGUGCAGAUCGAUGGCGGUGCCGUGACCACGACCGUCGCCGAGGCGCGAGCCACCGAGCAAGAAGUCGCGCUCAUCGCGUCCGAAGAACUGCGCAUCAGGCGACGCACGCGAGCCCCGAAACAAUCCCUCCGCCACUUCCUCCUCACGACCAGCUACAAGGACCAACUGACGGCCGCCGUCGGUCUCCUCAUCUGGUCCGCCUUCAUGUUCGGGACGGCUGCGCUGAACUGGCCCCUCCUACACAAUGGAAGCAAGCCCGGCGGAGCCUGCGACGCCGUCCCGACCGUCUACUUUGUCCUCGCACCCAAGAAGCCCUUCGUUGACCCCGGGUUCACCACAUUCCUGAGGGUGUGGACGGUGGGGGUGUGCAUCGUUGCCGUCUUGACCACCGCCAUGGGGAUUUUUAUCCUCACCGUCAGCGUACUCGGGCCAGCCGUCGUCGGUCUUCAGCCCUGGCGGCGCGGGAGCAACAAGAAAAAAUCAAUCGAGGCUGGCCCGGGCGACCACGUCCACGACCCGCGCGCCUCGCGAGGGUUUUCGCACAAGGCCCGCGGCCGGCACACGCAGGAGAUUCUGGCGUGUCUCCACCACAGCGAGACAAGGUCGGUUCAGCACCGGUACAGGAGCAGGACGACGGCGCCGGCGCGAUUCAGUCUGUGGAACAUCCCGUGGGCCGUCGUUUUGGCGGUUCUGUUGGUGGUUACCAUCGUCUGCUCCGAGUUGACGGUUGUUCCCUUGGACUUUGCCCGGCCGCCUCUGCACGAGACCGCCGAGGUUUUGGCCUUUUUGAUUGGGUUGUAUUCGUUGGUUUUGACAUUGCUGAGUGUUGUUGGUGCGUUCGUUGCCGCCUUUUUGCGCAGUCGCCGCCGCAAGAACCCUGGACACGGCGGCGAUCACAAGGUUCACCACGAGAAGGAGAAUCCACCAAGUCUCAACGAAUUCACAAUGAUCGCCGACGCAAGCGGCGGGUUCCUCGCAUAUCAUGAGCCAGACAUCAUCAGUAUCCUGACCCUCAUCUCAUUUUUCCUCUUCCUCGCCAUCGCAGAAUGGCUGGCCGACAAGAUUGUCCGCGCGUCACUCAUCGGACAUAUCAUCGUCGGCCUUAUCUACGGCGUGCCCAUUGCCAAUAUCCUGGGUCUUGACUGGCAAGCAACGUUUCUUGCCUUGGGGUACAUUGGCUUGAUCCUGAUCAUCUUUGAAGGUGGCUUGACCAUCCGCCUCGACCUGCUCUGCCAAAACCUCAUGCUCAGCGUCAUCGCCGCCCUGCUCGGUGUGCUCACACCCAUCGCCCUGUCAUUUGCCCUCCUCUAUGCAGGAUUCCACGACAGCCCCCUCGAAGCCUUCAUCGUCGGAACAGCCCUCUGUUCCACCUCCCUCGGUACCACCUUCGUCGUCCUCUCCAGCGCCUCCAAAAGCAAACCCCACCCCAACCCCGACCUCCCAUCCCAUGACCAAGUCAGCGCUCCAGCAGUGGAUUUCUCGCAAACCCGCAUCGGCACCGUCCUCGUCAGCGCCGCCGUGCUGGACGACGUGUGCGGCCUGGUGCUCGUCAGCGUCAUCCACAACCUGCGCGGCAUUGCUGGUGACGACGGCGGGACCGGGGGUACCAGCUUGGGCUGGAUCAUUGGGCGCCCGGUGCUGGCCAGCGGCCUGAUGGCGCUGCUGACACCCGCCGUGGUCAAGUUUGCCGCCGGUCCGCUGUAUCGACGGUUCGUCGCGCCGCGGUUGCUGCGCUUUGCUCACGUGGGGCACGUGUUUAAUAUCCUGCUCAUGGCGGUGGUGCUUUGCGCGUUUUUGGCUAUUGCGGCGUACGCUGGUGCGUCCAUGCUGUUUGGUGCGUUCCUGGCUGGCGCGUUCGUAAGCGGCUUGCUAGGAAGCAAGGCGAGAAACGUACCUGAAGAAGCGGGUGUCCCAGCCUUUGUGGACUCGUUUGAGCACUAUUUAAGCGCGCCCCAGAAGUCAUCUGGAAGGGCGUGGUUUACACGCUGCUCAUGGUAUUUGCGAAGCUCAUUGUGGGGAUCGUGGUCCCUGCUUGGGAUUUCAUUUCGCCCCCGAAUCCGGAAGAGGAACUCGGAAAAGAUACCGGUGGCAGCUACCGCUAGCUGGGCGCCGGCGACGCUGUUGGGGGCGUGCAUGGUAGCCCGCGGUGAAAUUGGGCUCCUCAUCAUCCAGAUCGGCCUCAAUGAGACGCCGUUCCUGACUCAGAAGGCCUUCAUCAUCGGCGUUUGGGCUAUUGUGCUCAACACCAUCAUCGGGCCCGUGCUGGUAGGCAUCCUACUGAAGAGGACCGGGACGACCAUCGCCGAGGAUGCCCGCUGGGGUGUUCAAGCAAAGCACGGGUCUGACACGGAAACCACUACGGAGGCCGAACCGACGGGUACCUCAGGCGGGACGAGUCCUACACGCCGCUUGGCUUGA